AUGCGACUACGAGAAGAGCAGCGUUUAGAACUGCCGCCCACGGCAGACAUGCACGUCCAUCUACGGCAGGACAAGGUCAUGGAAUUGGUGGUUCCUCAGAUCUUGAAGGGAGGUGUAGAUACCGUCUUCGUGAUGCCAAAUCUACAACCGCCCAUCACAAGCGUGGCUCAAGCCUUGGAAUACAAGUCUUCUCUGCGGUCCAUCGAGCCCAGAGUCAACUAUCUGAUGUCUCUUUACCUCCAUCCCUCCAUUACCCCCGAAGUGAUCGCAGAGGCUGCAGCCGCGGGCAUUGCGGGAGUCAAGAUGUAUCCCCAAGGCGUGACGACAAACUCCGAAUCCGGCGUCCCUGCGGAUUUUCUCAGCGCCUAUUCCCCCGUCUUCGCCGCCAUGCAAGACCACGACCUCGUGCUCAACCUGCACGGCGAGUGGCCCGGUCCUAUCCCCAGCGGCAUGGACAAGGACAUUUCUCUCGAGGAAGCGUUCCUGCCGGAGCUGAAGAAGCUGCAUGACAAGUUUCCGCGCCUGAGGUGUGUUCUCGAGCACUGCUCCACCGCCGCGGCUCUGGAUGCCGUGCGGGCUUGUGGUCCGUCGGUUGCAGGAACAAUCACCGCACACCACCUCUACCUGACCGGCGACGACAGCCAGGUCGACCCCCUGGCCUUCUGCAAACCCAUCCCCAAAACCGCGGCGGAUCGAGACGCUCUGAUCAAAGCCGCGUGUAGCGGCGACGACAAAUUCUUCUUUGGAAGCGACAGCGCCCCACACCCUCUGGCCUCCAAGGCCAUUUCCCCCAACAGCGCCCAACCCCCGCCCGCCGGCGUCUUCACCCAACCCUUCGCCACGCAACUCGUCCUCCUCGCCUUCGAAGAGGCCAUUUCGCGCGGUGUCCUCGCCGAAGACGCCGUCACGCAGGACCACCUCGAGCGGUUCCUGAGCCGGAACGGACGGCGGUUUUACAAAUUGCACGAUCCCGACGACAAAUCCGUAGCCGGGAUCGUGCUGGAGAGGAAAGGCGAGACGAUCCCCAAGAGUGUCAAGAGCGAGGAUGGCACGGUCGAGAUCGGCGUGAGUAAGGCUUCGGCGGAGGUUUUUAGUUUGAGUUGGCGGACGUAG